CUUACAAUGAUUAUUUAUAUUUGCCUCGUUUCUUUUAUUUUCUGGACUGGUUAUAAAUUCAUGUUUACUUAAUUUCCCUAUAUUGGCUUAUAUCAAAAUGUGAAUUAAUUAUAAUUUGUAUGCCAUAAUAGUAGAAUAAAUAAUGCGAUAGUUAUCAACAAUGUCGAAUUUUGCAAAUAGAAGUAAGAUCUUCAGUGAAAUGAUGAAGUUUUCUUUUCACCACAGAGCAUUUUAUUGUUACCUGGGAAUGAGUGUUUGGAUCUUAUUUUUAAUCACAGUAAUGUAUAAAUACAUGUCAUUGGGGGAAGAAACUAUUGCAGUGAAGAAAGUCAUACAAAAUGAAUACAUAUCUAAGAGUGAUGCUAAGUUCAGAAGGAUUUACCUGAGAGCCUGCAGCCCACCCGACAGUAUAGUCAGAGGAUCUGAAGCUGUUGUUGACAGUGACACAUGGUUGCUACAAGGCGCCCUGGUUGUGACCCGACAUGGGGACAGGGGACCUUUGACACACCUUAAAAAUGGAGACAAGUUACCCUGUGAUGCUCAUCCCCCCUCACCGCUACUAAAAAGUUACGAGGAGUACGUGGCUAACGCCAGUUCGUCGGGUCGCGCGUGGUGGGUGUCGGUGGCGGGCCCCUUCCACAACUUCCCGUCGCUGCCCGUGCGCACGGCCGGCACUCGCUGCGCGCUCGGACAGCUCACGCCGCGCGGCUUGCUGCAAAUGAUCACUGUUGGUAAAAUCUUAAAGGAGGCUUACGGGGAGAAGUUGAACCUGGAUGUGGUAGAUCCUCAAGGGAAGAAAGACUCAGGGCUGGUGGUGUCGUACAGCACCCGCUACCGGCGCACGUUCCAGUCGCUGGCGGCGCUGUGGUGGGGCGCGGCGGCGCGGGCCGCGGGGGCGCGCGCCGCCGCCGCUCGCGAGGCGCACAGCGUCGCCUUCUGCUUCCGGGACUGCGCCUGCGCAGCGCAUCAUGUGCUCAACAAAAAAAUACACACCGCAAAUAAGAACCGCCUGGACUCGCACCCCGCCAUCAAAGAACUGGUUAAGAAGCUGGCGAAAGUUUUAUUCGAAUCUCAAGAGAAAACGGAAGCAAGCGAAGUAGGUGGCGCCCUCCUUGCCUACAUGUGCCACGACGCGCCCUUCCCCUGCACAGAGAAACCCAAAGCACCGAGUAAGAAACUCUCAUUAGACAAAAAACACACAAAGUUACGCGAAAACACUGUUCCUUCUAGAAAAGUCCUAGACGUCGACAUAGACACGCUGAACAUGGAACUAGACUACAUAAACAACCAAAUGGACUUCAACAACGAGAUAGGCAGAAAGGCAAGGGACAUCAUAGGCAAAUAUUACGAUACCAAACAAAAAGCACCUCUAGAUUUCGACGCUCAGAUGGAAAGGGAAAAGCUGCUGUAUUACCAGCAACGGUACUUAGACAAUGCCGACGGGUACGAAGAUGUCGUUAUAGUCAAAAAGAAUUUAGACGCAGAUUUUAAUUUCCCGAACGACGCACGAAUGGAUACGGACUUUGACGAAGAUUACAAAGAACCGACACCAGAAAGCUCCGAAGACUUCUGCAUCAAGAAGGAACACGCCAUGUCUGUAUUCGCGUAUUUGGAAUGGAUCUACAGACAAGACGUCAAAGACAUUAACAACAGACGAAGAGGCUUGCUCGUUGCUUACGGCUUGAUACACAACAUCGUCCAAAAUAUGAUACGAAUGAUCUCCGAAAAUAAACCGAAAUUCGUCGUUUACUCCGGACACGACAAGACCCUACAAGCGUUAGUCUUAGCGUUAGGUUUACACAACUACCAACAUUACAACAUACAAUACGCAUCGAGACUGAUAUUCGAGGUUUACAGAAAGAAGGAUUUACGCGACGAAUUUAAGUUCACGAAGCGGAAAGCUGUCGCACAAGAUUUUUACUUCCGAGUCGUUUAUAACGGAGAGGAUGUGACAAAUAAGCUUAGUUUUUGUAAGACCAGGCAAAAUAUUGUCAUGAGAGUUGUAGACCCCAUAGAUGAUGUGAAAACUUACGAUACAUACCUCUGCUCUAUAGAAAACAUAGUCAGGUUUAUACAUGAUGAUUAUUUUGCGACUUUCAACGUUACUAAUUACAAAGAUGCUUGUGCGAGCUAUGGGAACUCGAAACAUAUUUAUCGAUAGUUUUAAUCACGACGACUAAUUCAGAAACUUUUAGAAUGUUUAUUUAUUUUGGUACUUAUUGACAUAUCGUGUUUGGGUGUAUUGAUUUGCAACUUGUUUUUAUAAUCUGACAUUGACGUACUGAUUGAAAAUAUAGAUCAAAGCGUCAUUUUACUUGUAAGGAAUAUUAUGAUCGGAGUAUAUAGGUUAGCUGGGAGUCAUAGGAAACGGAGGCUAAUAGGAAUCUUUUAAAUUAUCCAUGUUUCACAUAUUGUAAGGCCUUUUUUAUCGAGUAUAAAAAUAUGUGGAAAUGUCAUUUUACAUUUGUCACUAUUUCCCUAUACCGAGCCAUGAUCAUAGGAUGUCAAGAGCUGUAGAUGAUGGCAAUGUUUCUUAACAAAAAGCUGUAAUUUUCAAUCUGGUUUAUAUUUGGGAUGGAGGCUACAAAGUUACAAAUGAAUAUACUGCAAUAAAUAAUAAUUUUAAGUUAAUUAUUUCUAAGUAAAUUCAAGAAUCAAGAGAUUAUUUAUUAUUAUUAUUAUAGAAAUGUGAGAUUAUUUAUUGUGAGAUUACGUUCAGUCGAAUUAAGUCAUUUGUCAAUCAUGAAGUUUAUCCGUUUAGGUUUUUUUGCCACGACCGUGUCAUGGACGUAUACAUAUCAGUCAACAUUUUAACACCCCUGCUAUAGUUAUCGCUUGCAUGUUGCAGAUGGGUGAAUACAGAUUCAUUAUCGUCCUAGCCUUUUCCCAACUAUGUUGGGUUCGGCUUCCAGUCUAACCGGAUUCAGCUAAGCACU